GGGCGGCAGGAUGGAGGGCGGCCGGCGGGGCGAGGCGGCGGCGGCGGAGGACCCGGCCGCCCACGGCGCCCACAAGAAGAAGCACAAGAAGCACAAGAAGAAGCACAAGAAGCGGCACCACCGGGAGGAGCCCGGCCUGGAGCCCGCGGCCGCCCUGCCCAAGCCGCAGCUGAAGCUCAAGAUCAAGCUGGGCGGGCAGAUCCUGGGCACCAAGAGCGUCCCGACCUUCAGCGUGAUCCCCGAGAAGCCCCGGUCCCCCUCCCCACUGAUGGGGGCGGAGGAGGAGGAGGAGGAGGAGCCCCCCAUGGAAGGCGUGCCCAUCGAGCAAUACCGGGCGUGGCUGGAUGAAGACAGCAACCUGGAGCCAUCCCCGUUGCCAGAACUUGAUCCAGAAACGGGCUUCCCAGCACGGGAGGAAGAAGAGGAACAGCGGUGGCUGGAUGCCCUGGAGCGGGGGGAGCUGGAUGACAACGGGGAACUGAAAAAAGAGGUGGAUGAGUCCCUGCUCACUGCCCGGCAGAAAGCCCUCUUGCACAAACAGCAGAGCCAGCCCUUGCUGGAGCUGCCCAUGGGAUACAAGGCCAAGGAGCUGACAGAGGAGAUGCUGGUGAAGCGUGAAGAACGGGCUCGUAAACGACGGCUCCAAGCUGCCAAAAAGGCCGAGGAGAACAAGAAUCAAACCAUUGAGCGCCUCACCAAGACCAGCAAAGCCAAAGUGAAGACGCUGCGCGAGCGCAAGGCCAAAAGCAUGGCAGUCCCCACCGUGAGCUACCGCAGUGCUGCCUCUGGGACCACCAUCUCUUUCCCGCUGGGAACUUCCCUGCCCGUGUUGCCCUCCCUCCCAAGGGCAGUGCCUCCCCCCAUGCCGUGUGGGGUUAUUGGCUGCCCCAACCUCAAGCGGUACUCCUGUUCCCGCACUGGGACCCCCCUUUGUAGCCUGGAUUGUUACAAAAAGAACCUGCUGCUUCAGGAGGUGCCAGGAUAGUCACUCUGGUGGACAGUCGGUGCCAGGUGGUCACCCUGAAGGCCUCUGUGGAAGAGGAGUGCCAGCCCUGUUCCCAGGUGGCUGGGCAGAGGGGCAAGAUGUGGGUGUCCAAACAGCCUGGGGACCUGUACGGCAGCCAGUUCAGCAAGAAGCACAUCUCUGGCUGUGCACAGUGUGAGCCCCUUGGACAGCUC